UUUUGUCAUCUUAACAAUCCAUCCAUUUCCUCUUACUCAUCAUCCUCAGCCUCAUCCUCCUCCUUGCUUCUUGGACCAGAUUAUCAUUAGUUUCUUCCCCUGAAUGCACACCAUGAGCCAACUUCGAGCAGUUUCAGCCCCAGAAUUAAUACCUUCUUCAAGCAGCAUUGCUCAACCAGGCCAAGAAAAUAUUGGUUUCGAAGGGGUUGCCACCAAUGUGAAGCUGUUGCUGAAAUUAAUUCAAGAUCAUAAUGUGGGGAACCCGAAAGAUAAUUUGGAGCGCAAACAUCAUAGGGUGGCUGGGAUGAUUUCAAUCAUAGAUGAAGUUAAGAACAGGAUUCAAAAGAUUCAAACGACUUCAAAGAGAAGAGCUGAACUCCGGCGGUGCAACACUGAUGUUAAGCCUAAUAUUCCGAGCCCAAGGGAGAAAAAAGGUCCUGAACUGAUAACAGAUGAGAAAGAAAGGCUAAGGAGAGAGCUUCAUGCAAGCUUGAUAGCGAGACAGAGCAUUCAAGCCAUAUGUUCAAGUUUGGGAAAAGAGAAGCAAAUAAUGGCAGCAGAACUUGCAAGGAAGGCUCAAGAAUUGUCAGAAUUGGAGGACUAUAUUAUUGAUCUGAAAGAUCAGAACCAUAUGUUGAUGGAGAAGUUGCGCUCUUGCGGCUUAGAACACAGGGAGAGGAGUAGUGAAAUGGAAAUGCAAGGCAACAUGGCGCUGCAAGAGAGAAACAAGGAACUCUCAGAGCAGCUCCUAAACGUAAAUGAUGGUUUUCAAUCUCUGAAGAAAAAAGUCAUAGAAACACAAGAGGAGAACACGCAGAUUCUUGCUACAAUGGAGGAAAUGGAGGGGGAAGUUCAAGCAGGCAUUGACAAGAUACAUGGCUUCAAGGGAAAAUUGGCAACAAAAGGUGAAGACGACCUCAAUAUCAAAGAGGACAUUUCAGCUUUAGAGCAUGUGCUCGAAUCUCUCAGCUUGAAAAUUUCAAAACAUAGGCAAAAGCAAACCUGGGAUCAUUAA